AUGGCGCUAGUGCAUCCAACGCCAGGGCCCGCCUGCAGAAACAUCAACACAGAGGCGACAUCGACGACCACCACGAUGGCGAUGCCGAUGGCAGCGACGACGACGACGACACCACCGAAAGGUGCCACUUAUCAGCAAAGGCGUCCGCGGCGCGACGGUCCUUCGGUGGCAUCAAGCGCCGACGGCUAUCAGUGUACUCGUAGCAUUGCACCCGCAAGCAGCCUAAGUCGCAAGUCGCCGGCGCAUCAGCGAUACCUAGUCCCAUCCACUAGGCCCUGUACCCCGGAACAGCAGGUUCUUCGUGAACAGUGCCUUCUGCUACUGCCGCGUGUUAGCUUUCCAUUUGCCCCGUUUACGCACGCCACAAUGAAUAAAUCCACCCUCGAUAAUAUUUCCGUCUUUCUGGCGGAGUUGAUCGGUACCGGGCUGCUGGUGAUGCUCGGCUGCAUGGGAUGUGUGAAUGGGAUUGGUCACGUACCGCGCCAUUUUGAGCUGGCAAUCAACUUCGGUCUUAUCGUGAUGAUCAUCGUACAAAUCUUUGGCUGCGUUUCCGGCGCGCAUCUGAAUCCGGCCGUUACAGCAGCUGCCUGGGUGUACGACCUUGUCUCGACGAAGAUGGCCCUGGCGUACGCUGCUGCUCAGUGCAUUGGUGCGUUCAUGGGCUACGGUGUUCUGAAAAUGUUGACCCCGGCACCAGUGUUCGGAAAUGCAUUGGAAGGUGGCAAGGCUGGAUUCUGUGUUACGGUGCCAAACCCGCUCAUCAGCACCAUGCAAGCGGUCGGAAUCGAGUUUGUUGCCACAAUGGUCCUGAUCUUGGUAUGCUGUGGAGUUUGGGAUCCCCGAAAUGCUAAGCAUCAUGAUUCGGUAGCGCUCAAGUUUGGUUUCACCGUUGGAGCCCUCGCUGUGGCGGCCGGUCCUUACACAGGCGCAAGCAUGAACCCGGCCCGUUCUUUGGGACCCGUUCUGUGGAACGGUGUAUACAACGCCCACUGGGUCUACUGGGUUGGUCCGCUUAGCGCAGCCUUCCUGACUGCCUUCGCAUACAAGGCCGUCUUCCGGCGGGAAGUUCCGGUAGAGCAGCUUAAUCACGAGAUGGCCGCACUCAACACUGACAAAUCGAACGUCUGAUCGCUUGUGCUCCACUGAACGCUGCAGCCUGCCAGCAAGCACAUCUAUACAAAGGUACACACUAAAUUCUCAGAAAAGGAAAUCUUGUGCUCCGGUCAACCCACCAAUGGGUUGAGAUUAACCAGUUUCGUAAACUCACGCUAAAACGUAACUCACAGCAUCUAUGUUUGUAGUUUUAAGAAAUAUUUCUAUUAAUAAACGAUACUCGAGGCUGAUAUCUAACCUACUUCAU